AUGACUUCGAUAUCGGGUGAUGGACCUCGAUUCACGACAGUCACGGAUGACGAUUAUGGUGGUGUGGUCUGGACGGUGUCAAUUCUCUGCGGAAUCUACUCUGUGUUGACCAAGGCUUUAAGAGGCUAUAUUAAACGGAGAACUUGGGGGCUCGAUGAUUGGCUUGCUGCGGCAGCGACUGUGACGUCUCUGGCUCAAUAUAUUGCCAUAUGGGCGUCAGCAUCGAACGGACUGGGCAGAUCCUAUAAGCAUUUAAUCGAAUCGCAGGUGUCGACCAUCGGACGGGGAGUUCUUGCUGGCGAAAUCUUAUUCAUUAUUUCUUUGGCUUUGGCCAAAGCAUCAGUUACCUGCCUCAUCCGGCGAUUAUUUUCCAUCCACAUGAGAAAGCGCUCACUCAUCUGCGACUCAUUCCUAGCAAUAUGCAUUAUAUGGGGUCUGGCAUCCAUCUUGAUCAUUGCAGCCAACUGUCCUCUGCUCUCUUUGAUGGGAUAUCACGGCGAGUUCUGUGCAUGUUUUGUACCCCGCUGGGAAGCCAUCGGGAUUCUCGACGCUGCGACCGAGGCUGCUAUAGUUGGGAUGGUCUUUGCUCUUCUUUGGGGCUUGAAAAUGAAACCCGGGAGACAAGCUUAA